AUGCUUGCAGUAUGGAUCACUACUAUUUUUCUUCUCAAUGCAGCCAGAGGAAGGGAAGUUUGCUACAAAAGGCUUGGAUGCUUUUCAGACAGCCCCCCAUGGGCUGGGAUCCCAGGGAGACAACUGGCAGGCUUGCCCAGCUCUCCAGAUGCUGUGAACACAAAUUUCCUUCUUUACACCAGGGAUAACAGGAUGAAAUAUCAAAAAAUUUCAGCCACAAAUCCUUCAACCAUAAAAGCUUCGAAUUUCCGAGCACACAGGAAAACUCGUUUCAUUAUACACGGCCACCUUGCCGGAGCAGAUCUCCCCUGGAUAACAAGCAUAUGCAGGUCCAUGUUUCACUCUGAAGAUGUGAACUGCAUUUUGACAGACUGGAGGGGUGGCUCCAGUGGUCUGUACACGGACGCUGUCAACAACGUCCGCAUUGUGGGGGCCGAGCUGGAGUACCUGGUGAACUUCCUCGAGGCAGAGUAUGGCUACUCUCCUGCCAACAUCCAUUUCAUUGGCCAUAGCCUUGGAGCACAUGUAGCAGGGGAGGCAGGGAGGAGGAAACCUGGCAUUGGAAGAAUAACAGGUUUGGAUCCAGCUGGGCCCCUUUUCCAGUACACUCCCACAAUGGUUAGGCUGGAUCCUUCAGAUGCAAAAUUUGUUGAUAUAAUUCAUACUCAUGCUGGUCACCUUUUCUUUGACUUUGCUCCAGGGAUUCUUCAGACUUGUGGCCACCUGGAUUUUUACCCAAAUGGUGGGAAGAAGAUGCCAGGAUGCAACCAGCUUCGUGUACCUCCUGCAACUCGGGAUAUCAAUGACCUGAUGAGAGCAUACAGGUCUUUUGGAUGUGGACAUAAAAGAAGUCUCAGGUAUUAUGCUGAGAGCAUCAUGACUCCAAAUGGAUUUGUGGGGUAUGAGUGUGACACAUACCGAGAGUUUGUGCUGGGAGACUGCUUUCCAUGUCCAGAGGAAGGAUGCCCACUGAUGGGUCAUUAUGCUGAUACAUUUUUACAUAAAACUGCAAAAGAAGAGCAAAAGGUUUAUUUAAACACAGGGCCCUCCCCUCCAUAUGCUCGCUGGCGAAAAGAGAUACAUGUCAAAGUAUGUGCAACAGAAACCAUGAAGGGAAAUAUAGAUGUAGCCUUGACUGGAACUAAUGGGUUCAGAAAAAAAUAUACCAUUGACAAGGGAACUUUCAAACCAGGGAACACAUACCUGAACUACAUUGAUACAGAAAUUCCUGGGAACAUAUCAAAAGUUGAGUUUCUCUGGAAAAAGCAUCUAGGUCAUGUAGACAGAGGCUGCAUGGGAGCUGAAGAAGUCAGAAUAAUAUCUGGGGAAAACGGAAAUAUGUCUGUGUUCUGUGGGUGUGGGACUGUGCAGCCCAGCAUGUGGCAAGCCCUGGCUCUUUGCUGA